AAGUAAAAGCCUGAAAACGAAAAAGAAGAACGAAUGAGAACCCUCCCGACCAAAUAAAAACCCACAAAACCCUCCAUAUCGCGCUACCUUCCCUCCUUCCAUUUUCCCCUCUCUCUCUGUAGUUUGCUUCUUUACUUCUUCCUCUCAUCGAGCUGGGAUUUGAACCCUUUCGGCCGAAAACGCUCUCGGAAACCCUAAUCUCUCGACAGAGAUUGGGAGCCCUAAUUUAUUGCUCUCUCGCUCUCUGAAGUCUAAUUGGUGUUCUGCGAUUCCAGGGCGAAAUCCCUGCUCGCUUCCGCCAUUGAAGCUCGCAAGGUCCACCGGCCUGGUCUACUAUCGCGUGGGAAAUGGAGGGGGCUGCGGGGACGUACAAUUCUCGUACGGCAGAGGAGGUCUUCCGGGAUUUUAGAGGCCGGCGAGCUGGAAUGAUCAAAGCUCUCACCACCGAGGUUGACAAGUUCUACCAGCUAUGUGAUCCCGUCUUUAUACUUAAUGCCUUUGCAUUUCCGGAGAUCAUGGAUGGAGUUUUGCGUGGUAAAGAAGAAAAGGAGAACUUGUGUCUUUAUGGACUUCCCAAUGAGACCUGGGAAGUAAAUUUGCCUGCCGAGGAAGUUCCUCCAGAGCUUCCUGAGCCAGCAUUAGGAAUUAAUUUUGCCAGGGAUGGGAUGGAUGAAAAGGAUUGGCUGUCACUAGUUGCAGUUCACAGUGAUGCGUGGUUGUUGGCUGUUGCAUUCUAUUUUGGGGCUCGCUUUGGGUUUGACAAGGAGGCCAGGAGGCGGCUUUUCAACAUGAUCAAUAAUCUCCCCACCAUAUAUGAGGUUGUGACUGGAACUGCUAAGAAGCAAUCGAAAGACAAAACCCCUAACAGCAGUAGCAAGAGCAACAAAUCAAGCUCAAAGAUGCAGUCACGGCAGGCAGAGUCAAAGACCUUAAAGAUACCUCCCCCGAAAGAAGACGACGAGAGUGGAGAAGAGGAUGAGGAAGAGGAUGAUGAGGAGCAUGGGAACACGUUGUGCGGUGCAUGUGGGGACAAUUAUGCAAAUGAUGAAUUCUGGAUAUGCUGUGAUGUGUGCGAGCGAUGGUUCCAUGGUAAGUGCGUCAGGAUCACACCUGCUAGGGCUGAGCACAUCAAGCAGUACAAAUGCCCAGGAUGCAGCAACAAAAGGGCUAGAGCAUGAAAGCAUAGACAAGUAUCAUUGCAGAUGCAUUAGAAUAGGAAAACCAUUUCGGGAUGCAACAAUCAUUGGACCUGCAUGCCCAAGUCAGGCUUUUCUAGGUUUCAGGCGUAAUUUAAUUAAUUUCUCGUUCGGUAUGUUACUGUUAGUUACUGUCGUCUCUUUGGGUAAGAAUUCGGGUGUCAUGAGUGAUAUCUAAUGUUCUAAACUACAUUGUUGGAAGAAACAGAGUUAGGUGUGAGUUGUGGAGUGAACCUUUGCAAUUGAAGUCUUUUUUGUUUUCUUUUCGCGCAUUUGAUUGCACUUGAUGUAUUAAUUAAUCUCUUUUUCUUCUGCU